UUCUGGCUCAAGCAGAAGUAUCGCCGUUCUCAACUCCCACAUCCCUUCCCGUCGCGCAGCCGAGCCCUAGCUCAACGGCCUCCGUGAUUUCCGGCCAACUCACCCACGUUUCUCCCCCAGCAAGUCCUAAAGGUCCCUCUAUUAAGCAUCUCCAAAAGGUCAGCCGCAGCUCCAAUUUCACGGCAAUCACGUCGUCCGAUCUCGAGCAGCAAGCCGCGACCUUGAGCCCUAAUUUCCGACGAGAAGACACACGGAGACCCUAAAACUCCGACGUCGAGCCGUGAAUCCAACCGGACCAGCGGCGAGGCGAUCCACCAGGUGCGAGAGCCACCAGUUUGACGGCGAGCCGAGCAGUGGCGAUUGACGAGCGCCCAAGCACUGAGAGGAAACCCGGUUUCCCGAACAGUUCCAGGCGACCAAGAAUUUUCUCCGACGAGAAUAUUUGAGCGCAACCGAGCUCAUCAAUUCCAGACGAGGAGAGCCGAGCUGAUUUUCAGCGACAGGACGAGCCCUGUUUUCCGACGAGCGCCGCGACCGGAGAACCACCACUUUUUGGCUGAAGAAGAGCCACUUCCAGGCGACACCGGCGAGAACCCGCGCAGCAUAGGGGAGAGAGAGGGACUUUGCCGCAGCCGAGAAACCGAGACCUCCCAGCCCGUCCCGAACCAAACUUAGUCCAUCCGAAAGCAUACGGGGCUGAGCUUCUACCACCCGAGGCUGAAAACGAGCGAGCUACGCCGAGAGCUUUUGCUUCAGCCAUUCGAGCCUCGCGCGUCCAAACUGAGUCAUCCUUCGGCUUUGUUCUUUGGCCUGAAGAGAGUACAUGGCUCUUCCAAGGGAAAGCACAACACACAAGAUGGGCAACAGCUGCGGCGGCGCGUGGAAAGCAGAGAAGGCUAUCGCCGGCAACUCAGAAGCUCUACAAGCUCUUCGGGAGCUCAUCUCUUAUCCUAUACUCUACUCUCGCGAGUCCAAAAUACUCGGCCUAAAUUGGCCUCGUGGUUUGCUGCUAUACGGUCCACCAGGGACAGGGAAGACAAGCUUGGUUCGUGCAGUUGUUCGUGAAUGUGAUGCGCAUUUAAGUGUUAUUAGCCCUCAUUCGGUUCACAAAUCACAUGCAGGAGAAAGCGAGAAAAUCUUGAGGGAGGCUUUUGCUGAAGCAGCUUCUCAUGCCAAAUUGGGCAAACCUUCGGUUGUCUUUAUCGACGAAAUAGACGCGCUUUGCCCCCGCCGAGACUCAAGGAGGGAACAAGAUAUCCGAAUAACUUCUCAGCUAUUCUUGCUGAUGGACUCCAACAAAUAUUCGUCAACAUCUGUAUCAAAUGUUGUGGUGGUUGCAUCAACUAAUAGAGUUGAUGCAAUUGAUCCUGCACUAAGACGUUCGGGACGAUUUGAUGCCGAGGUUGAGGUCUCCUCUCCUAAAGAAGAGGAACGCUUGCAAAUAUUGACGCUCUAUGCAAAGAAGCUUUAUCUGGAUCCAAAUGUCGACCUAAAAGCUGUAGCUGCAUCUUGCAAUGGUUAUGUCGGGGCAGACUUGGAAGCUCUAUGUCGUGAGGCUGCCAUGUCAGCACUGAAAAACUCAUCAGAUACGCAUCCAGAUGUUAAACAGUGUUUUAUAACAAUGGAUGACUGGAAACAGGCUAGAACUGUGGUAGGUCCCAGUAUAACUAGAGGUGUCACUAUAGAAAUUCCAAAGGUCUCUUGGGAUGACAUCGGAGGAUUAAAAGAUGUGAAGAAAAAGCUUCAGCAAGCGGUUGAGUGGCCUAUAAAACAUUCUUCUGUGUUUUCAAGACUCGGAAUAUCACCCAUGCGUGGCAUUCUUCUUCAUGGGCCCCCGGGUUGCUCGAAAACAACCCUCGCAAAGGCUGCUGCUUGUGGUGCCCAAGCUUCUUUUUUCUCAUUGAGUGGUGCAGAACUAUACUCUAUGUAUGUUGGUGAAGGUGAAGCUUUGUUGCGUAAUACAUUUCGUAAAGCUCGUCUUGCAGCCCCUAGCAUUAUAUUUUUCGAUGAGGCUGAUGUGAUUGCUGCAAAAAGAGGAGGAAACUCAAAUGGAAGCUCUACAGUUGGGGAACGGCUUUUAUCGACUUUGCUGACUGAAAUGGAUGGCUUAGAGCAGGCUAAAGGAAUUCUUGUUUUGGCCGCAACAAAUCGCCCUUAUGCAAUAGAUGCUGCAUUGAUGCGUCCCGGUCGAUUUGAUUUAGUUCUUUAUGUCCCUCCACCUGAUUGUGAGGCCAGACACGAAAUUCUAUGCGUGCACACGCGCAAAAUGAAAAUCGAAGAUGACAUCAAUCUUGAAGAAAUAGCACGAGAUACUGAGCUCUUCACAGGUGCUGAGCUGGAGGGUCUCUGCAAGGAAGCUGGCAUAGUCGCUCUACGAGAAGACAUAUCGGCCACAGUUGUAAGGGACCGGCAUUUUCGGGUGGUGAUGAGAUCGUUAAAACCGGGACUAACCAAAAGAGAAAUCGAGUCUUAUGCCUCGUUUAUGAAGAAUACUUCUCUAAGGCCGAAAAAUUCGAGUUUAACUGAGCUGGGCUCACAUGGAGAUACUUGGAGCGCCAAAAGCGUAUUUCUUGUGGUGGCUUCAGUUGUAGCUGCUUUUAGUGUGGUUUUGUACUCUGGUCUGAAGGGUACUUCUGUUGAUGCAGAGGGUACCACUGUUCAUCUGGUGAGGACAUAACCCGUUGAUCGUUUGUGUCUGUAGAGAUUUGAUGAUCGAUUUUUUUUUUAGCGUGUGUUAUCUUUCUGUUAUAUAUUUAUUUUGUAAGAUGUUUACCUUGAUGAGAAUUUUUAUUUUCGUUGUCUAUUUUUUGCGCUUUCACGAGACUAGAAGGCUAAGAAUAGUCCUAUAUAAACUUCUAAAAUACUGCAACACCGUGUAUUACAGCAGCGGCAAUUGCAAUUUUUAAAAGAUAGGAUUUUUGUCUUAUAUUUUUUAAUACAUUUUAAAAUUGUAUUUUUAAUUUUUAUAUAAAAUGAC